AUGAUUGACGCCCGCUGCUUGGCCAAGGCCCGGGGCUGCCUCCGUCUUCGCAACCUCCUGAUCCGCCAGUGCCUGGCAGAACUCCUGGGCGUCUUCGUGCUCAUCGUGAUAACAGUCAGCGCUUCGGCCCAGUCUGUAACCAGCGAGGGGACAAAGGGUGGCUAUAUGAGCUCGGCCCUGGCCAGCGGCAUCAGCGUUAUGCUUGCUAUUCACACAUCAGGCGGUAUCUCAGGAGGAUACCUGAACCCCGCCUUCUCCCUGGCCAUGUGUCUACUUCGGAAGUGUCCGUGGUGGAAGCUCCCUGUUUACUCUGUUUUUCAAAUCCUGGGGGCUUUUCUGGGCUCAGCUACUGUCUACGCCUUAUACUAUGAUGCCAUCCACCACUAUACCAACAGCAGCUUGACAGUCACGGGCCCUCGGGAAACGGCAUCCAUCUUUGCCACGUAUCCAGCUCCCUACUUGUCCCUGCGCAAUGGCUUCUUCGAUCAGGUCCUGGGCACCGCGAUGCUGCUGUUGUGCAUCCUCGCACUCAUCGAUUCCCGGAACAAGAACAUCCCCAAAGGUCUGGAGCCCCUGGGUGUGGGGCUGCUGGUCCUCUCCCUCAGCCUGGCCAUGGGGUCCAACUGCAGCUGCGCCAUCAACCCCGCCAGGGACUUGGGCCCCCGGCUCUUCACCUACGUGGCCGGGUGGGGCCCUCAGGUGUUCAGUGCUGGAAACUAUUGGUGGUGGGUUCCGAUCGUGGCACCGAUGGUGGGCUCGGCCACUGGCACGGCUGUAUACCAGCUCUGCGUGGCACUGCACUACCCUCCAGAUGAGGAAGAGGAGGAGUUCUCCAUGCCUGUUACAGAGAAGGCCCACCCCGGGACUGAAAAAGAUGUGGACAUCCCAAUUUAUGCUGUCAACAAGUACGUGGUGAACACAUGGAUGGAAGGGAACUCUGUAAUCCACCCGGCCACAGAGCUCGGCAAAAGGGAAACAGCACCUUCAUCCUAA